GCCAAUGAACCAGGGCGUCCAGCAAAAACAUGCCGAUUCGUAGCUAGUUCUUGUCUCUUUAGCAAAAAAAAAAAAAAAAAAGAUCUCACUAGUUUCGAUUGAAUGGCUUUAAACUUUAGAUAAAGAGUAAAUGUACACGUUUUUGUUUCUGUUAAGCUCCGUGUUUUGUCUUUUUACUUCGUAAAGGAAAACUAUGUCGGAGUCUUUGUCUGACGACGGCAACGGUACCAACCAAGAUGACAGUCAGGAGGAUGUUAUGACCCCGGCGGAGCUGAUAGCUAAACUGGAAGAAGCCUGGCUGAACGAGAAGUUCUCACCGGAGCUGCUGCCGAACAGAUCAGAGGUGGUGGAGUGUGUGAUGGAGCAGCUGACUCACAUGGAAGCCAACUUGCAGCGGGUGAAGAAAGGUGAUGCAAAGGCCAGCAUCCAUCGCAUGGAAAUAGACAGGAUCCGCUUUGUUCUGAGCAGCUACCUGCGCUCUCGUCUGCAGAAGAUUGAAAAGUUUUUCCCACAUGUCCUGGAGAGAGAGAAGUCUCGAGGCGAGGGAGAUCCCUCUUUGCUCUCACCUGAGGAGUUUGCCUUUGCUAAAGAGUACUAUGCCAACACAGAAACCUACCUGAAGGCUGUAGCACUGAAGCGCAUGCCCCCCAACCUACAGACAGUGGAUAUGCUCAGAGCAGUGCCUGAGCCCUGCUUGGACUCAUUUGUGUUUCUGCGGGUAAAGGAGAGGCAGGAAAAUAUCUUGGUCGAGCCUGAAACAGAUGAUCAGAGAGAGUAUGUGGUGGAUCUUGAAGAGGGCUCUCAGCACCUAAUGCAGUAUCGAACUAUAGCACCACUUGUUUCAAGUGGAGCAGUGCAGUUAAUUUGAAUGUCGAAGUCUGCAUGUUAGCGUGGAUGGCUCCGGGAGAAAUGGAUAAAAUGAGAACUGGCUCAUUUUCAUUGCCUAGUGCUCAUAAGGAACGGGCAGUUUAAGCUGCAGGGAUCACAUCAGGAAACAUGUCCUUUGUCACUAGUGUCAGGAUUAAGGAGUAUCUUGUUGGAUGCAAACACUGAGGCAUUUGUGGUAAUGUCUUCAAGAAAUGUAAUUCAGUGGAAAAUAUUACGACCAAAUAUAAGGUCACUGCUAAUGAGAAAUGAAGGCUGCCGAUGAAUCCUGUUCACCAAACCAGCUUUUGCAGUGCUGUGGUGUUAUUUUUGGACCUUUUUAAUCAUUCCACAACAUAAGUUGGGUUACAUAAUCAUAAUGUAUUCUGGUGUGUUGGGGUAUGUGAGACUGGUAAAGACUCUUAAGACUCUGUCUAAUCUGCUAGUUCAUUCCGUCUGUUGCUGUAGCCAGAUAAGUUGCAUUACUGGCCUUUUUGUCUGCUGCUCAAUAACAGGAUGCACCAAGUGACCUGGAGGUGAAAUUUCAUUAGUUCACUUGGCAUCACAGUGCCUACCAUCCCAAGGUGCAGAUUUUUAAUUUUUUAUGUUUGAAAGAAAGCUGUUUGUUUUGGUGAUAUUCACAUGUAAAUGAAUAUGCAUUACUGAAAUUAUAGAUAAUAGAAAUCCUGUUAAUGCUCAGACAACCUUGACCACCAAAUCCAAUUGUAUCUGUUUUUCAACACCCCUCUGCCUCACAGGUUUGAAAUUUCUUUUGAUUGUGUGUUUUUAUUUUCACCCUAAGAGGAUGUGAGGAACAUUGUGUUCUCUGUGACAUAAUUGUUGUAAUAGCAUUGUUAUGUAAGCGUUUCAGAGGGAGCAAUCUGCUAAUUUUUUGCCCUUACAAUAAGUGCCCAUUAAGUGGAACCGAUAAGGGAUUGAGAGAAAGCGGGCUUUAAAAAACUUAACCACAUGUCAGGAGACAGUCAUACUCUUGAACUGCACCGCUGAUCUAGCUAAUAUCAAAUCUUACAACCCUAUGUUGUUAGAUUAAGAAUAAUCACCUAGAGUGCAUGAAUUCUAUUAUUCAUAUUAAAAUGCUGGAAAAUGAUGGCAGGGUUCACUUGGACCUUGACAAUGUGGAUUUGGAAGAAUUAAAAAUAAAAACGUAAUGUGUAAAUGAU